AUGAGUCCGGAUCCCAAUAAAUUAACUUCGGGCAGUGAGACUCAACCGGGCGCGGACAAUGUACCAGCAGCAGAAACGACCGAUGUGGUAGCCAUUUCAGUGUCGAGCCGGAUACCAGAUUUCUGGGUGGACCAGCCCAGAGUUUGGUUCAUCCGGACGGAAGCAGUAUUAACACCACAGCGGAUAGGGGACGACGCCAAAUUCGACAUGGUGGUGUCGAAGCUGCCAAAGGACGUAAUACUGCGGCUGGCGGAUUUUCUAACAAACCCGCCCGCCACCAACCGAUAUCAGGAGCUUAAGGCGAAGCUCUUGAAGAUGUUGGAAGAUUCCAAAAACAGGCAAGUAGAGAAGGUCCUCGGGGAAAUGGACCUGGGCGAUCAAAAACCAUCCCAGCUAUUGGCCAAGAUGCGCAACCUGGCUAAGGACAGCUUCCCCGAUGCCACACUGAGAAUAAUGUGGCAGAAUCACCUACCUACGGCAGUGCGCGCAGUUUUGGUAGCAUCCAGGGAGAGCGAUCUUGACACACUGGCCAACAUCGCCGAUGACGUAUCGGAAGCCACUAGAAUCCCUAACGUGGCAGCAGCGGCAGUACCACAGAGUCAGGCGCACAGAGCCGCAGCGAACACCUCAGGAACCGCAGAUACAGCAGUGAUACUCGCUGAGAUUGCCAAGUUAAGCGUCAGAAUGAUGGACUUGGAACGGGCAAGGCCAAGAGGUCGCAGUUACGGAAGGAGAGGACGCGGAGGUCGUUCAGCGUCCAGACCAAGGAGUACGUCACGCCACCGGAACCAAGCCGAGAGGAGACCAGAUUGGCUUUGUUACUACCAUUUCCGAUUCGGUCCUGCCGCCACCAAAUGUCGCCAACCCUGCGCAUGGGUACUCAACCAACAGGAAAACUAG